AUGCAUAGCAAUUCUUUGGCUACGAUGGGCAACAACUACAACCACCGUCAAAUAAAUGAACUUCUCGGGCUGACUGAAUCCAAUGCAAACAUCCUCGAAGAUCUGAUCAAUCGUGUAGAACGUAUGGAGGCGGAGUUGCAAAAGUUUCGACAAAAUCAAUAUGAAGGGAGGGACUCUGAGUUUAAAAGGUUCUCUACACCACCACCACAAUACUACAAGGAACAACCACCGCCGUACCACCAGCAACCUUCACCGCAACUAGAUCAACUAACUGGUGCUUGUGAGACUUCUUCAGAUGAGGAGUGCGAACGGGGUUUUUGCCUAGUAAAGAAACAAAAUCAAUAUCUUUCAAAGGUAGAAAUCGUAGCCUAUAGAUUGGAAGAAGAUGCUUUCUCAUGGUGGCAACUAAUCCAAAAUCUGUGCAGGCGGUUCAAUAAACAACCGAUUAAAGAGUGGACACAAAUGAAGAAGAUGCUGAUGGGUCGGUUUCUUUCUCCACCAUUUCCAAACUUUCCUAAAAUCUUCCUUUUCUUCCCUCACUUUCCUUUCCCACUUCAUCUUCUACCUCCGGCGGCUCCUAACCCUACCGACACCUUCUCUACAACCUCGUCAUCAACAAUGGUUACAAUGGUUGGAGAGCAUGACCUAAUCCUCCAUCACACAGUUUUUGUUGUCACCAAUAUUAAAGCACACAUCCCUAUUCUUCUUAAUCUUGAUCAACAUAAUUAUGAUACGCGGCGUGAGUUCUUUUCCACUCAUUGUGAAGCCUAUGAUGCACUCGAUCAUAUUGAUGCAACAUAUGAUGAUCCAACCCCAAAAUCUACCAAAUCCAAGUGGAAGAAGGUAGAUGCAGUGAUUCGAACAUGGAUCUACAUGGCCAUGUCUCAAAAUCUAGUCAACGCGGUUAUCAAAUCCAACGUUCUGGCGGGUCAAAUACGGUUGAACAUUGAAAAGCUUUUUAAGAUGUGUUGA